CGCUUGGCGAAUUGUUUAGCAGUUGCGUGACGUAUAAUUACAGCUUUAAUACGAUUGGUCGACAGUCUGCUGGGUGGUGCGUUAUACGUAUUCGUUGCCCAAUGUGAGUCCCAUCUCUUCCUUUCUGUAAUAUCUCUGGUGCACUGACUUUUUGCAGGGUUGAUGUACAGUAGCUAGCUAUCACAUUUAGCCACCUAAACGGAGGGAGACAGAAGCGAAGUAGCUCAUCUUAACCGACUUGUUGUGGGUGGGUGAUUUCCACAAGAUGUCGUUCCCUCCUCAUCUCAACCGAACCCUUCUGCCACCAGGCAUCCCACCUCCACAGUUUGCUGGUUUUCCUUCAGGUACCCCAAUGAUACCAGUCCACAUGGGUAUUAUGACCCAAACCCCCGCGGUCUUGGUUCCCACCUCCAUGCCUGCGGCACCCAGGAAGGAGGCCGCCCUGGUGAAGGCCAAGGAGACGGACGAGAACAGUGGCCCCACCACCACUGUAUUUGUAGGGAACAUCUCAGAGAAAGCCUCGGACAUGCUGAUUCGACAGCUGCUGGCGAAAUGUGGCCUGGUCCUAAGCUGGAAGAGAGUCCAAGGAGCCUCUGGAAAACUUCAAGCUUUUGGGUUCUGUGAGUACAAAGAGCCCGAGUCAACGCUGCGGGCCCUGCGGCUGCUCCACGAGCUGCAGAUCGGGGUGAAAAAGCUGCUUGUAAAGGUGGAUGCCAAGACCAAGGCCCAGCUGGAUGAGUUCAAGGCCAAAAAGAAGAGCAGCACCAACGGCAAUGGGGCAAAGGCAGAGGGUGGAAAAGAGGAGGCGGAGGAGGAAGAGGAAGAGGAGGUGAUCGACGAGGACACCAAGAGGCGGGAUCAGGUCGUCAAGGGUGCCAUCGACGGUCUGAUCCGCGAGUAUGCCAGCGAGCUCAAUGCUGCCUCGAAUGAUGAGUCCCCCCACCGCAGGAAGAAGAAGGAGAAGAAAGAAGAGGAGGAUAUCAACGCAAUUGACGGAUUGGAGGAUGACAAGAGAGACCUGAUUUCUAGAGAGAUCAGUAAAUUCCGCGACACCCACAAGAAACUGGAGGAAGAGAAGGACAAGAAAGACAAGGAGCGUGCAGAGUUUGAUCGCGAGCGACGGGAGAGGGACAAGGAGAGGGAACGUGAAAGGGAGCGUCGGGACCGCGAGCGGGAGAAAGAGCGCGAGAAGGAGAGGGAGCGGGAGAGGGAGCGCGAGCGGGAGAGAGAACGCGAGCGGGACAGAAGUGACAGAGACCGUGAUCGCAACCGGACGAAGGAGUGGGAAAGGGAGAGGAGCAAGGACCGCAGCCACUCCAGAGAGGUGAGUCGCGACAGAGACAAGGACAAGAAGCGUGACCAAGAGGAUGAGGAGGAGGUCUAUGAGCGGAGAAGGCUGGAGAGGAAACUCCGAGACAAGGAGGCAGCCUAUCAAGAGCGUCUGAAAAACUGGGAGAUCCGCGAGAGGAAGAAGGCUCGAGACUACUCCAAGGAGUCUGAGCGGGAGGAAGAGCGCAGGAGAGAAAUGACUAAAGAAAGCAAACGGCUGAAGGAGUUCCUGGAGGACUACGAUGACGACAGAGAUGACCCUAAGUACUACAGGGGCAGCGCACUGCAGAAGCGUCUGAGAGACCGGGAGAAGGAGACUGAGGUGGAUGAGCGCGACAGGAAGAGAGAGAAGGAAGAGCUGGAGGAGAUCAGACAAAGGCUGCUGGCCGAGGGACACCCAGACCCCGAAGCCGAGAUACGCAGGAUGGAAGAGGAGGCGGAGCGUCUGCGUCAGCCUCCAGUGAAGCCAGAGCCCGACCCCGAGGAGGAGCGGGUACACAAGGCCCCACGGAGGGGGGAAAGAGACCGGGAGAGAGGGGAUAGAGACCGGGAGAGGGACAGAGGGGACCACCAUGUACCCCACCAUCACCACCCCCACUCUGAUGAUGAUGUGGAAGGGGGGGAGGAGGAGUUUGAUGACGACGACCAAUCGGGGUCCAAGCCCUGCCUGAAGCCCACGUUGCGGCCAAUCACUGCGGCCCCCUCAGUUUCGUCGGCCAGCGGGGGCGCCACCCCCAACACGCCUUGUGGCGGGGACGAGUCACCCUGCGGCAUCAUCAUCCCCCACGAGAACUCGCCCCCUCACGAGACCCCACCCCAGGAGGAGUUCCGCCCCAAGAUCGGCCUCAGUCUCAAACUGGGAGCCACUAGCAGCCCCAGCCAGCCCAACGUGGCCAUCAAACGCAAGAAGCUCACUGUGGACAGCGUCUUUAACAAAUUUGACGACGAGGAGGCAGACGAGGCUCCCCGCAAGCGCAAGCUGGUACCACUGGACUACGGCGACGACGACAAGAACCUCCAGAGUGUGGUAGACGGCGCCUCGGGCCUGGCGGCCAUCAAGGGCGCCAACACAGAGGAGAAGCGCAAGCACAUCAAGAGCCUGAUUGAGAAGAUCCCCACGGGCAAGACGGAGCUGUUCUCCUACCCGCUGGACUGGUCCGCAGUGGACUCGACUCUGAUGGAUCGACGCAUACGCCCCUGGAUCAACAAAAAGAUAAUAGAGUACAUUGGAGAAGAGGAGGCUACGCUAGUCGAUUUUGUCUGCUCCAAGGUGAUGGCUCAUGGUACACCACAGGGUAUCUUGGAUGAUGUUGCCAUGGUUUUGGAUGAAGAAGCAGAGGUCUUCAUCGUCAAGAUGUGGCGGUUGCUGAUCUACGAAACUGAAGCCAAGAAGAUUGGGCUGGUGAAAUAGGAAACCCAGGAAAGCACUGAACGAAUCCAACUUUUUCUAAUAGAGUAAUCUGACUUUAGUGUUGUCAGUCACCAAAAAACUUCUCAAUUUGAGUGGCCUAAAAUCAAAGAAUGUGCUCAACCUAAUAAUACCCCAACAGCAUUCACACGUUGAGCUCCCGUUUUCUCAUUCUUCCAAUAGACUCUGGUACAUGUUACUCUACUGCAGCUGCUGACUUUGUAUUGGUGUAUAGCCUACGUGUGUGUGUGGGUGCGUGCGUGAUUGAAUGACUGACUGAAGUGCUUAUUGAAGAUGCAUGAAAGCAACCACUUGGACAAUGGCCCUACUACAGUCUCUUGGCUCGAGUUGGAUGUUCUGAGGGUGACAGUGGAGGUAGCGGAUUAGGGGUUAACGGUUGAUGAAGAGAACAUAGCUACUCAGCUGUGGAAAAAAGUUCACUGAAAAGCAUCUCACUGUUUUGUUUCUCUCCAGUUUUGUGACGUUAGUAAUAUCAAAGGUUAUUGGACUGCUGUUUCUACGUGGCAUCUGCUGAGUGAAACGUCUGUUAAUGCGAAGGGUAGACCUUAAAGGGUAGAUUUGUUUUUGGAUUACAAACAAUGCCUUCUAUAAAUUCUAUUUAAGCAUAGGCCAGCUAUUGAACAUUUGACUUGUGGUUGGUUGGUCUCGUAACACAGGCAACAGCACCAACUGGAAAGGAUACUGAUUUGUGUGAACAUUGUUUCCAUUUUUUCUUUUUGUACCAGUGGAAAUUGUUUUGAAUAAAUACUAAAAAUUUAAAAAAA